UUUUCAAAAAGAUACGGUCAUGAUAUGGCGAUGAAGAACAGUUUAUAUCCUAGUUUGUAAAUAACCGUACAAUUAUGUACAUUAUGUCGCAUUACAAAAAUCUUCUGUAAAAACGAAAACUUGAUAUCAAGCGAUUACGAUUCAUGAACUGUCCCAUCUUGGCAUCUUGGAGAAAGUGUGAUUGUACCUCUGAAAACGUGUUGAUGUGAUGCUACUCACGUAUCAACCUGGUCGCUUCCGCAAUAUAUAACUCCCCACGGGGUUACUUGGCGUCAGAAUAGUUGAUGUUCCAUUGUUAAUACGAUCGUUCGUUCCUGUGAGACAGUGCUAAAGUUCUUUUAAGUUUCUAAAAUGUUGAAAUACAUAGUACUUGGUUGCAUAGUGCUUUCCAGUGCAUUUGCUGAGCCACCUAUUAAUGGUGUGAAACCCACAAAUGUAUUAGGCACUUCUGACCAACAUGCAUCCUUUAGUUUCAUUAGGCCAGGCUUGACACAAACUGCCUUUGCAUUUAGUGGACCCAGCUCUCAUCAAUCGUUUAGUUCCAGUAUUGGAAAUCCUUACUUAUCACAGAAAGUGUUCCCUAAUGUUGCCAAUGCUCUUGCUUAUAGAAAUCCUGGCUUAGGAGUGUUUCCAGUUGGUCCAAUUACAAAUGGCUAUGCAGCUGCACCAGCUGCACCCACAUAUGUAUCUCCUGUAGCUGCACCUUAUCCCUAUCAAACUGCUGCAGAUCCUGCAGCAUUGGCUUAUUAUCAACAAUUGCAACAAAUUCAGCAACCUCAGGUACAAGGAUAUAAUGCAGCUGCUUUGUAUCAGGCACAAUUGGCCCAACUUCUUGCUUUAAGACAAGCUCAAGCACAAUCGCAUGCACAAGUUGCUCAAACUCAACAGGUUCCCGAACAAGUCGAAUUACAGCAAGAGGAACAGCAACAGCCCCAGCAACAGGAACACCAGCCUCAGAGUUUGUUAGGCGUCGCUUAUUCUUCUGCACCUUCUGUAGCACGUGUGAAAGUCUCUGGAAAUGGUUACAAAUUUGACUUUUAGAUGAUAAGAAUGUAUAUAAUAAUUUUAUUUAUUUGCAUUAAUUUAAUGUGCGCUGAAACAAUUUGUAUACUACUAAUUAAUAGCCUAAAGAUACUGAAAUAAACACUGUGAAUCCUUUAUUACA